ACUGCAGACACAGUACAGGGAUGACCAGAGACUGCGGACACAGUACAGGGAUGACCAGAGACUACGGACAGUACAGGGAUGACCAGAGACUGCGGACAGUACAGGGAUGACCAGAGACUGCGGACACAGUACAGGGUAUGACCAGAGACUGCGGACAGUACAGGGAUGACCGGAGACUGCGGACACAGUACAGGAGAUGACCAGAGACUGCGGACACAGUACAGGGAUGACCAGAGACUGCGGACACAGUACAGGGUAUGACCAGAGACUGCGGACACAGUACAGGGAUGACCAGAGACUGCAGACACAGUACAGGAGAUGACCAGAGACUGCGGACAGUACAGGGAUGACCAGAGACUGCGGACAGUACAGAUGACUGCUGACCUUUGGGGAGGGAGGGGGAGCGGGUACCUGAAUUUGACAGGUACCCGCUCUUACUUCCGCAGAGUUUUUUUUUAUCUUACCUGUUCCUUUAUCCAGCCGCGCGCUGUCUUCCCGGCUUCUGUAGUGUGGGCGCUCGUCGGACAGCCGGAUGCCCAGUGCGCAUGCGCGAGAAGCGCUGCGCUUUGUGAUUGGUCCGGCGGCUUCUGGGAUCUGUCAUGUGUCCCAGGUACCGCCUUACCAUUCACAAAG